AUGUCGUUCCCCACGAAGCCUUGCUAUAUCAGAUACCUCGACAACGGCUGGGAGAAGUCGCGCGAGCACCCAGUCAUGGCCUGGCACGAGAAAUACUGCAACCUCGUUGACUCGCGCGCCUUCGACACGCCCUACUCAGACUGGCACACCGACGACUUCACGCUGCACAAAGCCGACGGCACGGUCGUCAAGGGCGGCAAAGAGGCCUAG